AAGAAAGAAUAAAGUUCUCCUUUCUUCUUCUUGACUCUGCCUUGGUUUUAAUUUGUGCAUUAAUGUAAACACCUGCAGCGGUGUGCAAUGUUUCGGGAAAGCUUGGAAAUCAAGAUAUGCUGUUUCCCAAGGAAUAUAAGUGAUUCAUAGUCAUAGUACUCUCCUUGAAGACUUCCUGAACACACCACCGCAUCUAAUGAUCAUUUACUGUUAAUCAUAGUACUACAGCCAACGCUUGGUUUCUUCUAGUAUAUCAACAGGCCUUGCAUCUCACAAUAAUAACUAGCACCACCAAACAUCUCAUCCUCCUUUUCCUCCGAGGCAUGGCCAAAACUCUGAACAUGAGUGAAUCACAUUCUAGUAUGUUACAAAGGUUCGGAGAGGAUACAGAGGAGAGCAGACUGAUGGACAGGUACGAAAGAAUGUCUUUCGAGAUGGAGCUCAACAAAGCCAUUUACUUUGGCCGCAGCCUUUCAGUACAGCCACGGCUUUUCAAUAAUCCACCGCUGGAGUCAGUCAAUGUCGUAAGCCGAGGUCCGCUGCAAAGGAGCACAACCAGCAGAGCCACCAGCCCUGCCAAGGAGCUUAAUCAAAGCCUCCUCUGUCUCAAGAAAGUUGUCAAGAAACUACUGAAACCCCUCAAGAUUAUGAGAUCAAAUAAGAAAUUAUCUGAAGCUGCACAACCAAAGGACCUCAGUUCUUGGAAGAGAUUUAGUCGAUCUGUACACCUAUAAACUUACACUUUACUUUUCCUGUUGCAUUUACAAUUUACUUGCUAUAUAUUUUAAUAAAUCCACACUACUUAUUUAUCUGGUUUUGUCUUGUAUACUGCCAAGGAGAUAUUUGUAUUUUGUUAGUAGAAGAAAAUGGCUGAGGAUAAUAUUGUAAUUAGAGAAAAUGCAGCAGAAGCAUUUCUUUUGUUUCCUAUUAUAAUGUGGCCAAGCAGAAACCAGUUGGAUAGCCUCCCUCUGAUUUUUCAUCUUUAACGCACAAAGAAAGAACUACACAGAAUGCAUUCUUGUUCAUUGCAAUCUCUCUGUCCAAUAAACCCCUACCUUCAUCAGUCCUCUAUCACACAUUCUUUAGCUAAUGGCCCUUUUUUCAUGAGCACCAAAAAUCACAAAACACCCUUAAACAGUAAAUUAGCAACCCUGCAAGAUUUCUCUAAAUCCACAUCAUCAAAGACCACUCCUCUUGGAUUGGUAGAGGAAAACUCACAGGAAUAUCAAAAAUUCAAUCUUGAUGGUAAGAUUUGUGAAUUGCCUCUUUUUCUUAAGAUUAAAGCUUUACCCAUAAGUGAAAUUCGAUUUGAAAGCAUAGCCACUUUUAACAAUCUGCUUAUGGAGUUAUACAUGUCAGAUGAGGUGGACUUUGCUUUAAAACUCUUCUCUAAUUCAUCUGUAGACCCUAAUUGCGGGACUUUUAGUUUAAUGAUUAGGUGUUAUUGCAAGAAAGAUGAUCCCUUUGAAGCUCACAGAGUUUUAAAUGAGAUGAUCGAGAAAGGGUUUCAACCCAAUGUUGCUAUUUUCACUGACCUGAUUAAUUCUUUUAGCAAAAGGGGGAGAAUGCAAAAGGCCUUUGAGGUUGUACAAGUCAUGAGGAGUUAUAAAUGUGAACCCACAACUCAUACAUAUAAUUGUCUCUUGAAGGGGUUGUGUUAUGUGGGAAGGAUAGAAGAAGCUUAUAAGAUGCUCAUCAACAUGAAGAAGAAAUCUUGUAGCAAACCAGAUAUUUAUACUUAUACAGCAGUGAUGAAUGGAUUUUGUAAAGUGGGUCGGUCGGAUGAGGCUCUGGAAUUGCUUGAUGAAGCCGUGGAGAUGGGAUUAAUUCCGAAUGUGGUCACUUACAACACUCUGUUUAAUGGGUAUUUUAAGGAGGGCAGGCCGCUAGAGGGUAUUGGUUUGUUGAACAAAAUGAAGAUGACAAAUUGCAAGCCUGAUCACAUUAGUUAUAGCACACUUUUACAUGGCUUGCUCAAGUGGGGUGAGAUUUAUUCAGCAUUCAGCAUUUACAAGGAAAUGGUGAGUGUUGAUUUGCAAGUGGAGGAGAGGAUGAUGAACACACUGCUAAGAGGCUUGUGCAGGAGAUCGAGGACGGACAGAGAUUUAUUAAGCAGUGCACAUGAGGUGUUUGACAGAAUGAAGAGCAGAGGUUAUGUUAUUUAUUCUUGCGCGUAUGAGCUAGCCAUUGAAGCCUUCUGCAUGGGGAAACAGAUGGACAAAGCUCUUGCGACUCUGCAUGAGAUGAUCGAGUGUGGACAUUCUCCAAGGUCGAUCACAGUCAACAAUGUCAUUCGAGUUCAGAAUAAUCUCGUAGAGUCCUUCAGGAUUUUAUUCUUGAUGCAUGAAAAGAGUAGAAUGGCAUUUGAGUUUCCAUUUGACAUAUUGAUUGAUGAAUGCAAUCGAAAGGGCUUCUUUAUGUCUUCUUGUACUUUAUAUGGUGCAGCACUCAAAAGAGGUGUUGUUCCACAUGGGAAGCCUGGAGAUUGUUCUGCUGAAUUAAGAUAAAACUACAACAUUCAGAUUUCCUUCUA